CGCGCCUCGGCUGCCGCUCCGCCCCGUGUGAGAAGAGUCCCCGUUUUGCGUAUCUUGAGCCGAGGAACGCCUGUGGACAGGCACUGUGAAUCAAUGGUGACUCACAAAGUGCCAGACCUGCCCACAUGUCUCGAGGAAGAACAUUCAUUAGGUGAAUCCAGCACGUCCUGUAAAGAAGUACUUAACACUAAUGACACGAAGAUGUCUGAAGUGUCCGAAGUCACGACUAAAGCUGACAUCAAACCAAAAUCUAUGCAUCGUGCCAAAAUAUGGUCAGAUGAUGUAGAGAACUUAUACAGAUUUCAGCAAGCUGGAUACAGAGAUGAGGUGGAAUACAAACAAGUAAAACAAGUUGAUAAGGUAGAAUGCUGGCCAGAAACUGGAUUUGUUAAGAAACUUCAGAGAAGGGACAAUACAUUCUAUUAUUACAAUAGGCAAAGAGAAUGUGAAGACAAAGAUGCACUCCACACUCAUGGAUCCCUUGAAAAGCCUAUCCAGUGUCCUCUCUCCUGGCUCCCUCAACCAGCCCUGGCUCAGACUUUGAGUCUUUUCCAGGGGAGGCACACAGCAAAGAUCUUAACAAAGUUUGGAAAACUGGAGAGGUGCCAGAGAACUGAUGGAGGGUCAACAUGAACCAAAAGAGAACUUAAAAGAGAACGAUACUAGACUGGAUAAACAGACUCUGAUGAGGAAUAAAUUAAUGAAGUAGUUACACAAAGACUCUCUCAAUAGAGGUUAAUAAGUAUUUUCCACUGUGCUUCACUGAUCACGCACGUCUGAUACAGACAAAGAGGAUACAGAGAUGUAAGACAGAUACAGAGCAGGCAGAGGUUUUGUUUCUGGAACAUUAUUUUACUGCCUGAAGACUAAACACUGUUUCCAAACACUGUCAUCAGUCUCAGCCCAGACUUAGCUGACUAUAAGCAGUGACUUGUGCUGUGCAAGACCCAGAGAUGAGAGUUCACACCUCUCACCUAGGCUGGAGCCCUCUGCCCUCAGACUCCGUGAAAUACAUAAACUUUAGUAAGAUAACAGCUCCCUUGUGCAAAUAGGAUUUGCAUGCAUGACUUGCUUUUCAAUUCAGAGGCUGUAGCCACUGCAGGUUUUGAAUUGCACAUGCCCAUGGAGAAGAAAAAAGCCUGCGGUUGGGGCAGUGCCAGCUGGAAACAUUUCAGCACAAGAGGCAGCAGUCUGGAUCUCAGGCAGAUGUUUUAGUCAGCCUCUGGCUAGCCAAUGUUUAAUGGAGCAUGUGCCUCAGGAACAUGGAGUUUUGUGAAGAAAAUCUUUUUCUCCUAGCUGUGCUUGGCUGACAGGUAGCCUUGAGGUGGCUUGGGAAGAUGGACGAGCCACACAGACCCUCGCUGCUCGUGGGAUGACCUCUCAAAGCGUGCUUGCUGUGGGCUAAGGUUUUCCGUCUCACCUCUCUGCAGAGAAUCACAAAAUCCUGCAUUUCGAGGUACUGCCAAAGGAGAACAUAUGCACAUAAUAAGGAAGGACAAAAAGGUGGAAAAUUUUCUUUUCUGUUCAUCCCACUUAAGUGGAAAACUUAAACGACAAGAUGGAAAUCCUGCAAAAUCAGGAGGUGGUACUGCUGUUCUGUGUCCUUUUGCUAUUCAAACUAGCUUUUUUCAUUUGAAGAUCAGUACAAAUGCAGAUUUCUCUGUGAUGUUCCUGCUACUCUUGGUGGGGUGACGGGUGAUGUCUGACUUGCAGAUGCAGCAGGUGAAGGGCUGUUUUGCUGUUCAGCUGGUGUGUAAACAGCGGUGACACACUGAGCUCUGUCCUCUGCUCUUCAAAGGGAUGUUUUGAAGCAGCCCCACAGCUGCUGCCCCACUUAAUGUCUGCCACCAGCUCAGAGGAGCAGUUGGUAAACUGCUUAUACAUCUAUCAGAACCCCAGGAGGGAAAUUUGCAUUAUAUAUGCAUACACGUGCAUAUAUUGAUGAAAUGUUAAUCUUUGUGAAGAUAUGUUUUCUCAAAAAUAAAAAAUAUUGAGGAAAUUUUUCUUUAAAUCUGUCAAACACUGACUCUCUGCUGAGA